AUGUCUUCCAGUGCUUUGGCAAAACCUCAGAUGCGAGGCCUUCUGGCUAAGCGUCUGCGAAUGCAUAUCGUAGGAGCAUUCAUUAUGUCUCUGGGGGUUGCAACUUUCUAUAAGUUUGGAGUAGCUGAGCCCAGAAAGAAGGCAUAUGCAGAUUUCUACAGAAAUUAUGAUUCCAUGAAGGAUUUUGAGGAGAUGAGAAAAGCUGGUGUCUUUCAGAGUGCAAAGUGA